CCAAUGUCGAGAUGGAGGCAAAAAGGAUUUGUUUUGGACUCGGAUGAAGAAGAAGAGGAUUCGCUUGAAAGCCAGGGUCCGAGGCAAGAUGGAGUGUUGAAUGGACGCGUCGAACGCGUCGAUGAUGGCGCUGGGUGGGAAGGUGGCUGUAAAAAUGUCGAGGAUGAGGCUCAGGACCGUAGCAGAAUUGAUGGAUGCAGGGGCGAGACUCCAGAAGAUGCAGCAAAGCAAGAAGAUCAGGAAAUUAUCAGCACUCCGCCGACGAAACGCAUUCCACCAAAGCGUCCCACGCCGUCUCCUUUCACGCCUGCUCCUACGCACGAUACCGGGCGAGAGCCAACAGAGAGUCCUGAUCCGCUCCAAAGCUCGCCAUUGCCGAAGACACAACGCAAUAGAUUGCCCCCAUCUUCACAACUGUUUAAACUGCCUAUCUUUCAACAAGGCUCUCCAUUGCUAGAUUCGCAACGGGACGACAAUGUUGCCAUAUCGUCACAAAUCCUCGGAAGUUCGACGCUGCCGCCACGUCCACUCAUGACGAGCACUGUAGGAAAGACAACAAACGCCUCCAUGAUCCUCGGCGAAUUUGGUAUCGCACCACUGUCAGACGAUUCUGGGGAUGAAUCCCUAUCAGAUCCACCUUCCGACAUGGAAUCGCCUCCAGACGCCUUCAUCACGCCGCAUCGACGGACUGCAGUUCAAGUAGUCAUACCAUCUUCGACAGCAUUACAAAGACAAAUUGCGGAGCAGGAGAUGAGACGCGACUUUCGUCAGCGGAAGCCUAUCCAGCUUCACCCUUACGCAUUAGAGAGUGAACUAUAUCGGAGAGAGGUCCAAAGCAGAGGUUUGAAGCCCGUACCUAGGGACAAGUCCUCACAGCGUCAAUCACGGCAUGACCUGGAAACGCAAGAGAAAGAAUUCGAUCCGAACAUGAGCCCUUCGAGUAGUCCGGCGGAACCCGAAAUCGCAGUCUCCACACCAGUCAUUCAAAAGCUAAGAAAAGAUACACGUAAAGGAAGUUCGGCUUGUCACCCUCCUUCGGAUCCAGUGAGACGUGUUGCUUCCACUCAACUUCACCUUCCCAAUGCGGCAAAGAGAAGGAAGCUCAACUUUCCCUUAACACAAGUCACUACGAUGCCGACGAACAUAUUUGGAGAUGACGCACUGCAACGCGACAUUUGGUCGAUCCCCCCAAAUUCACCUCCUUAUUCGAGUAGCCCUCCAUUGAACGGAAACGGUUCAGCUCGCCGACUAGGGAAGCACGUCGUGACGACUCCUGUUCCAAAUUUACCAACUCCGUCCACCUCAUCCGUUGUAGAGGAGCCUCAACCAUUGCCAGAGUCUGAUUCGGAACCCAUUCCCCAUGGCGUCCAACGCUCUGGUGGUGAAUUGCGUCGGCCAACGAGAACAGUGACCAUCGAAGACUCACCUUCAGCUGCUGAUUCAUCUAGUGAACCAGAGCAGAGCGAUAAAGAAUUGAGAAAGGUGGGCAGGAAGAUAAAAGGUGUACUACCGGCAUCGUGGUUGCGGUUCGACAGGAAGGCACAAGAACGGCGCAAAACUCAGGAGCGUGAACGAGAACGGGCACGUUUAAACGCUGCAUACUCUCCUGAGCCAACCGGGCCUCAGCGCGGGAUUGCCCAGAGAGUCACACAGCGUACUGCUCACUCGCGAAGAGCAUCCGCAUCUGGUACACCAUCAAACGACUUUAUACUCAUAUCCGAUGGGCCUGAUGAUGAGCCCAGCGUCUCUACGCUUCGUCCAGUCCUAAAUAUGCAAGAUUCUAUAGAAGAUGCAUUUGUAGUAGCCGAAAUGCUCGAUAGCCGAUAUGCUGAUGACGACAUGUCGGAUAUGGAGGAUGAUCGACUAACCCUUGCCACGCUUGGCGGGGCUGGAUCGAAGCGAAAGAAACAGACAAAGCUCACUGAUGCUUUUGCAAAGUCGAAACGAGUGAAAUCCUCGGACGGCAUUGCAAGGGAUGUGGGCAAUGGAAAGCGGUCGUAUAGUGGUCCUUCGGGAAGAAGAAAGCACAACAGCUCAAGGCACGCCCGAAGGACUCCACCACCGGCUUUGAGCAUCGUGGACGUAGACCUUUCGCACUCAAAGCGAAGUAGCAAUGUACCGCUGUUUCUUAGGAUCGCAAAACGACAAGCAUUUCGAAGAUCCGACUUGGCUCGUCAAAACCCAAACGACAAGCAGAUACGAUUGCACAACGCUUGCGACACGGAGGACGCCAAUCUCACUCUUCAGCAAUGGCGUCAGGGAACGCUGAAACCUACGGCGAACGCGGGAAUGCAACAACGCUCUGCCAAACGAAGUCCAUUAGUAGACAAGGUCAACAAUCAGCAGCGCACACAAAGACGGCUGACUACUGAGGCCGACUCUUCGAAAGGCUUUGAUGCAAGGUCGGGCUCUGGAACCGAGAUCUCGCGUCCUGGCCGACGUAGGGAUCUCCCACCUGGUCUUCAUAUAUUUCAACGUUCUUCCACCCAGACAAUGAGAUCCUCACAGCGACGAAAAAAGACUGCAACCUCUGGGGCAGCACCAGAGUAUUCAGCGAGACGUAGUGGUCUACUUGCGUUUAGAACUGCGCAGCUGGAGGGUGACGAAAAAGACUUCGGGCGUGGCCAUAAAAAGAUCGCCUUCGAAAAGGGCCUACACCGUGUUGAUCAGCAAUUCGGUGUCCCACUGCCUCACGACCAGUCUCAUAACAACCCCGUGCUUGCGCGUUUUCUGGCCGAUAAAGAUGCGGUUCUACCGCCGCUUCCUUCGGCGCAAGACAUAGGAGAGCGUCCAGUAGAGAACCCUACUAAACUAGCACAUCCAACCAGAAGGCGCCUGAGUCGCAAAACCCGGGCGCAUCGGGUUGAUGUUGACGCACGAGAGUAUCGACAGCCGAGUGAACCCGCAAUCCAAGAGAUACUGAAAGCUGUAGCAGUUCAAAAUAUCGAGGCGAAAUCCGAAAUGGAUAUGCCUGUGCUCCAAGGCCUUGGUCCCUAUGGUACGCGAUAUCCUAUCACAUUCGACGUGCACUCGCUCGUAUCCGAAACCUAUUUCCACUGCUCAACGUUCAUCGGCUCAGAAGAUUUCCGGCGAGCUUUGUGCAUUGGCACGUCAGAUAGCCGAGACUUGGACGAACCGGCUGGCUACUGUGCUAUCACUCAUGAUACGCAGUCAAUCAGAUGUGGGCCUUGGAACGAUGAGACCUUUUCUGGUAUACAGAAUCUUAUGCAGGAAAUAUGGGCGCCUUUAGAAGACCAGCCAAAAGAUACGCGCAUGGGCUCCACCCCACGCGAAGAAGUCCUGGUGCAUUCAGCUAGCUUUAUACGGUCACUAACUACCUACGUCUCCUCUCACCUCAGCUUUCUCGACUCCAUAGACCGUACGGACUUCGUGUCGAAGACAUUUCAGCUGGUGCAAACCCUAUUCGACCGACUGAUUUUGGCAUACUCUACAAUGGGUGAACAAGGCUUAAGCUCAAGUGCUCUGCGAAACAGCGUUCGUGCUAUGUCCUACCUGAUGGUCUUCAGUGUACAGAUCCACCGAAUAGCUCAACACCAAAAUAUCGAAAAGAGCCGUCAGACCGAGGUUUCGAACGUAGUCAAGAGUAUAUCAAAAAUCUUAGUCGGACAUCUAGUACGACAUGGAGCGGCGGAACUAAGCGGGUUUCUAGAGAACAAUGAGCGACAUGCCGUGCGAGUCAACGGUGUUCAAGAGACCGACGUAAUCGCCGAGAGUAUUGUCAUUUGCAUGCAUAUCUUAGAGAACAUUGCACUCCCUGGUUGGGGAUUCUGGGAUAUCGUUAGCCAAGAGCUUUCUUUACCAGUAGCAAAGGCCACGCAUAUCCAAACCUUCGAGUCGACGUGGGCCACAGUAUUUACCUUCCUCCCAUUCAUCGAAGUUGACAUAUCUGGAAUCCCCAACAAGGACGGACGAUCAUCAUUCAAGGGAGAUAACUGGAGUUGGAUCAGGGAUCUUCUCAAACGUCUUUUUCAACUGUACCCAGGUACCUACAGAGACCACAACACCUCGCUCAACGAAUAUGUGCGUGCCAACUUGGCAAGAUGCCACAGACUCAUCAGUCAUUGGCAUUGGAAGCGGCCAGAGCAGAUGCUCAAUACUGUCUUUGACUACUUUGGCAAGAAUGGACUCCGACCGCUCCGACGUGAGGCAAGCACUGGUUCUGUGUCUUUCCUCGAAAACCUUGCGACGGAACAGAAUUUGACCCUGGAGCCAAAUGAGAACUCCUUCCACGUGGCUUUGAAAAGUCUCGCAUUAGGCCUCCGAGGUAUGAGGGACGUAUACGAAGAGAAGAAGAUUCGUAGUUUCGUGUUUCGCACUAUUCCCAACCACGGUCGUACCUAUCCGAACGACCAACCCCUCGAUGAAGAGAGCCUAACAGCACUCCGCAAUCACCAUGAUCUUCUCUCUACCCUCUAUUGGGCUGCACCUCCACCUUGCCGGCCAAAACUGGAUCAUGUUCGACAUCUUGUCAACCACCAAAACUCCCAUCGCGAAGCAUGUAGACUCAAUGUACGCGCCUGGGCUAAUCUUACAACCUUCCAAUUGUCAACAGAGGAGCCGCCUACGUCCGCGCAGCCUUUCGCGCUAUGGCACAAGGACAUAAUGCUUCAGACACUGAGGCAAUAUAGGUUAGCGAAGAGUGAAGCCGACGACUUCUUGAAGUCGGGCGUUUUAGAUGGGACGACAGAUGUUUCUGCAAUCAUGGUUCGACAGACGAUGCAAAAGAAUCAGGAACAAGUAAUUGCGACGCUGCGAGACUGUAUUGCAGGUAUGAGAAAGGCCAUACAGCACGCCAAAAACCAGAUGACGCUGGAGACAUUUCUCCGAGACUCUGAGGUUGUCCACCUGCUUGAGCUCCCGCAUCUCGAGGAUCAACGUCUUGUCAGUGUGAUCAGAGACACCCUGCUACUUCUUCAAGAAUAUACAACGUGCCAGAAGCUCCUCACAAAUAAAGAUGUGAGCCAACAAACAAGCGAGGAAAGUCAGGAUUAUGGCGAAUUCCCGGACCCGGAUGAGUUAGAGGACAUCAGCCAAUCGCCUUCUGGUGACGCAACGAAGCCAUCGAGGCUCGAUUUUGUUCAAGCCUCUCUUUGGCAUUUGCUUUCCAACGCAUUUGGUGCGGAAAGCUCGCCAGACGAAAACCUCCUGAUGGAUUGCGUUGACACAUGGGUUCGCAUCGCCAAAGGUCAGAUUACAUCAGGCCUGAGGUGCUGGUCAUAUUACAUAGACUCUUUCAGUCAUGUGUCAUGGCAACAACUGCGUCAAACGGAACAAACACGUAAAUUCGGCCCAUACUUCAUGGCUGCCUUGAUCGAAUGCGACGCCACUGCUUACGAGGAACAUCGUCACGAGUUCAUAUCGGCUAUGGUCUUAUGCUUAGUGGACCGUGAGUCCAUGCUUAGGUUCCAGGAUCGUCUGCUACAUGCUAUUGUGCGUACCGACCAUGGUCAUCCACUCCUGAAGAACCUUCCAUUUUUCUGCGAUCAGCAGAAUGGCGAAUGGGACAUCACUGCUGAGACUAUUCGCUCCCGACGUCUUGCUCUCAUCUCUAGCAUCCUGUCCAAUAUGCGGGAUGACGUACAAACCACUUCUCUCACUGAGCACGCACGCGCUGCCGAAGUGAAAAGACUAUACGCAGCAUUGCUCAAGGACUUCAUGAUGUCCAUGAAGCAUAACUAUCAACAACUUCGACAGGGCAACACAGUGACUGGAGCGUACGUUGAGUUUGUGCAAAAGAUUGUCCAGUUCUUGAAGCAGUACACCGGUGACAUCUGCCCUGUGCUACCAUUCUUCACGGACUCGGUCGCAUUCCCACUACCAGCAGCAGACCCUACAUACGUUGUAGGCCGCUUGUGUGGAUACGCGCCCAAAGUGAGCGAUGCAGGAACUGCGAAGCAACUGUCGGUCUUCAUUCAGACUGUAGCGCAGCAAGCGGCAGCCGACAACCAGCAAUUGUAUCUCGUGAAUCAGCUCACCACCGCUCUUUGCGCGGACGAAGCACCGCCUGCUGACCGGGCAGCCCUGCGAUCUGUGCUCCUGAAAGGCAUUUUCCCCGCAUAUCUUGAGGAGGCUUUCUCGUCGAGCACUGCCUUUGUCAUCGCUAGGCCGAUACUACAAUCCCUGCCAUCGGUCUUCGAUACGAUGGUUUUCGAUUUGCGAAUCACUCAGCCAACCAGCCUAUCAUCGGUCGUGGAAUCCAUCGCAGCCAUCACACACGCCUUUAUCCGAGGCACCGAGCAUCUGAAACAUGACCCUUCAUCCUUCCAGCAACCACAAGUUCUCUCUGGCCUGAGGCUUAUGUUAGAGGUAUGGCUCUCUCAGCUCCCGCUACUAGAAUAUAUCUGGGGCCGAACCAUGGCUUCCACAUGUGCCAGCAAACCUGCAUUAGUUGUGUAUAUGGAGGAGCUCAGUGUUUUUAUGGCUGAGAUGCUGCACAAUAUGGUACCCCAUUCAAUUCCAUUUUAUAGCGGUGAUUCUCAUGCACUGCUGUCUGAGAAGCAACAUGUUGAGCUCCUGGCAUUUUGCAGGAGGGGGCUGGAGGAGGGUCUGAAGGCCAAUUGGAGUGAGAGUCGGGGCGCUAUCUGGUUUGGUCAGGGCCAUACGAGAAGAGAGGUUGUAUUCGACAUUGGGAGUGUGGAGGAAGAGAGGGCAAAAUUAAUUGCUGUUAUUGAGGAGUUUCAUACAGCUUUGAAUGGGAUAUAUGGAAAUGAGCAGUAUCGCCUUAAGGAAAGGGAGGACUUGAGGAACGAUUUUUUUGUUUAACGCUUCGCAUUUAGCGGCAUGGACGGAGCAUAGGGGGUUUUGUUUUACAUUAGAUGCUGUUGAUUCGAAGUUCUUAAAAGAACAUUAUGCUGCGCUGUUUAACCAGCAGCAUGUCCCACCUCUUACGUAGCUUAUUCUAUGCGUUAGUCAUAGUGGUGCGAUUCAUUUCGCUCAUCUGUUCUACCCAAUCUCAAGUAGCAA